CAAUACUAACAGUGACUCAAAAGGUCACGUGAUCGCACGAAGCUUGGGUUUGUGAUUUGAUUGGCGAGUUUUCGUUUAUUUCUUCCGAGAAAUACGCUUGUCUCGAACUGAGUCUCUGUGUUGAUUACUUGUGUUACUUUUUUUCGCGUGAGUGAAAAACUUCUCCGCAAUGUCAUCUAAAACAAAAAAAACUGUAACAUCAUCUUCAAACAUUAGUGUGGUGUCAUCAGUGCAAAGCCCACCGCAAUCAAGCACUCCUGUUGGUAGCCGCCCUUCUAGCUCUGCCGGCCGACCCAGCAGUCCUCUAAGCCCGACAAGACACACGCGACUUCAGGAAAAAGAUGCCUUACAGAAUCUCAAUGACCGUUUGGCUGCAUACAUUGAUAAAGUUCGCCAACUUGAAAGUGAAAAUUCAGGUUUACGCCGGGAAAUCCAAACUACACAGGAGGUGGUCACACGUGAAGUUUCCAACAUAAAAGGAAUGUACGAACAUGAACUUCAGGAUGCCAGGAAAUUGCUAGAUGAUACAUCUAGAGAAAAAGCUAAAUUGGAGAUUGACUUGAAGAGACUUUACGAAGAAAAUGAUGAUCUAAAGAAACGCCUGGAUAAGAAAACCAAGGACUGUCAACAGGCGGAGAACUUGGCGCGCCACUACGAAACUCGCUUUACGGAAGAGAGUAACAAAUACAACACAGCACUCGCGGACAAGAAGAAAGCUCAAGAUGAAGCUAGGGAACUUGCCAAAGAGUUGGAGAAACUGCGCAAGGUGUACGCCGACACCCGUAAGACUUUGGAAGAGGAGAUGUUGUGCCGCAUCGACAUGGAGAACACGGUGCAGAGUUUACGCGAGGAGCUCUCCUUCAAGGACCAGGUGUUCCAACAAGAGCUGCAGGAGACCCGCACCCGGAGACAAGUCGAGAUCUCUGAAAUCGACGGGCGCCUCGCUCAGCAAUAUGAGGCAAAGCUACAGCAAAGCCUGCAAGAGCUGCGUGAACAACAGGAGGCCAACAUCAAGGCCAACCGCGACGAAAUCGAGGCCCUUUAUGAGAAUAAGAUGAAGAACUUGCAAUCGGCUGCGAACCGCAAUAGUUCGGCAGCGACGGUAGCUGUAGAAGAGUUGCGUACUAUGCGUACGCGCAUCGACUCUCUCAACGCUACACUCAACGAUCUGGAGAACAAGAACGCAGCCCUAAGCAAUCGUUGCCGCGAACUGGAACGCCAAUUGGAGUCGGAACGCGCCCGCCACGCCGAAGACUUGGCAUCUCUGGAGCAAGAGUUGGCCCGCCUGCGAGACGAGAUGGCGGCACAACUGCGAGAAUACGCCACCCUCAUGGACAUCAAGAUAUCUCUGGACCUCGAGAUCGCCACGUAUCGUACGCUCCUCGAAGGAGAGGAGGACAGGUUGAAUCUUACCGCGCAGUCCCCCGGCCGCGAAUCUCGGGCCUCGGCCAGCGGUAGCGCAACCCGCCUCACCCCCGGCCGUAGGGCUACGCCCCUACGCGCCGCCCGUAAGAGGACCUUAUUAGAUGAGAGCGAAGAAAGAAGCCUUCAUGACUUCAGCGUCACUUCCAGUGCUAAGGGAGACGUGGAGGUAGCCGAGGCCUGCCCCGAAGGCACCUUCGUCAGGAUCAGGAAUAAGGGCAAGAAGGAAAUGAGCCUCGGCGGCUACCAGAUAGUGCGCAAGGCUGGCGACCAGGAGACCGUGUUCAAGUUCCAUCGCACCGUAAAGCUGGAGCCGGGCGGCGUGGCCACUGUGUGGUCUGCCGACACGGGCGCUGACCACGACCCGCCCAAGGACAUCGUCAUGAAGGGUCAGAAGUGGUUCGUGGCCGACGCCUUCACCACCACGCUGCUCAACAACGACCAGGAGGAGGUGGCGGUGUCGGAGCGGCAACGGCGGCAAGUGAGCACCAGCGCGCAGAGACAUCGCGAACUGGCGCACAAGUACCCGCGCCGUGAACAGUUGGGAGAGAUACGGGAGGGCGAGGAGAAUUGUCGCAUCAUGUAACGCGACCACCACUGAGCUCACGCAUCCUUCGACUGCUGCUGUUCUGUGCCCUAUGGGCAUCUUCAUCAACUCUCGAAUCAUUAAAAUAUCGGACGCAAUUCUAUAAGCGGCUAACCGCACCUAUGUACGUUUAAUAGAUUUUUGUGUUCAAAUAUAAUUUAUAGAUAAGAUUUGUAAUAGUCAUUUGGACUUGAAUUGUGUAAUGCCUCAAUUGGUACAAGGUAAAACUUUUUUGUAGUAACUCACUUACGUGAAGCACAUGUGCGUAGUUCAGACUACAUGAAAGGCACACAGAAUAGAAAUCGUAGUUAUUAUGUUGAGCGAAAAAAUUAGCUUUUCACUGCCUUAAUAUGGCCUUCUCUAUUACAAAAAUAUUUGUGAACAAAGUACAAACAAGCUCGUUCACGCUUUUUGUGGGUAAGUAUAGAUUCUAUGAAUGUUUUGUUAUUUUCAAUCCCCACCCUCACAAUGCACUAAAUAAUAAGUAGUUUUUAUUAGCAAUAAUUUUAUUAAAGUAUUCAUCAGAUAACAGAGAUAAAGUAGAUGAGAUCUACUAAUUAUGAUCAUAACAUUAUCUUUAGUGACCCGACUAGAAAGAUCAUGUAUUAGGUUAAGUUUUGUUUGACAUUACUUUGGUCAAAUUUUAGAAUAAGUUUCAGUUUUCAUAGUACUUUUGCUAUUACUACUUCAGAUAAAAACAGGUGCAAGUCUCAAAUAAAAGGCUCUCAUAUUUUAAGAUUAUAAAUCUGAAUUCUUUGUGUAAUAAUGAUAUUGAUAAUAAUGUUUCUUUUUAAAAAUCUUC